AUGGAAAAUACCAUUAGUUUGGUCACGAAAACAGUAAACUAUAUCAGAGGUCAUCCCCUCAACCAUCGGCAGUUUAGUAAACUGCUGACAGAUAUUAAUAAUCAGUUCAGCGACAUUCCUUUUUAUACUCCAGUCCGCUGGUUAUCACUUUACAAAGUUGUUAAAAGAUUUUAUUUGUUGAGAUCGGAAAUAAUUUUAUUUAUGGAGAUGAAAGGGCAAAACACAGACGGAAUGAAAAGUCAAUCUUGGAACAAAGAUUUGGCAUUUGCAGUGGAUAUUACCACACAUAUGAACGACCUUAAUUUAGAAUUGCAGGCUAAAGACAAGGUCAUAACUCAGUUGUCAGAUCAUAUCAAGUGUUUUAUUUCGAAAAUAAAAUUAUGGAAGUUUCAGCUAUUAAAUGAAGAUUUAUCUCAUUUUCCUACGUGCAAAGAGCUCAGGAGUACUGUUGAUGCACAUAAUGUAAUGAAUUUUUCUCAGUAUGAAAGACAACUAGAAUCGUUGUUAAAGGAAUUUCAAGAAAGAUUUAAUGAUUUUUCGUCUUUUGAACAACAAUUUUCAUUAUUCGCAUCACCAUUCUCUUUUAAUGUUUCCAAUGCAGAUGAAAGUUUACAAAUGGAACUAUUGGAAAUCCAAUCAGAUUCUAUACUUAAAGCUAAAUAUUUGGAGGUUGGAAUACCUGCUUUCUUUUCAUAUCUUCCUGGAAAGUUUAAAAACUUUAAAAAGUUUGCAACAAAAAUCAUUGCUAUGUUUGGUUUGACAUAUGUGUGUGAACAGCUUUUUUCAUUUAUGAAAAUGACAAAAACUGCUCAAAGAACAAGACUAACUGAUGAACAUUUAUCCUCUUUAAUAAAAGUCGGAACUACACGAAUAGCUCAGCCUGACAUAUCAAAAAUUGUAUCUAAAAAAGAUGUGAAUCCUCUGGAAGCAGCUCUUACCAAAAUUAGAAUGCGGCCCUCGAAGCGAAAUUGUUACAAAAUGCGGCCCUCAAAGCGAAAUGAGUUUGACACCCCCUGUUAUACGGCAUUCCGUUACACACCUACACACAAAAUCGACAUGGACUACAAUCAGAAGGGACUCAAAUAG